AUGAAUCAGCCACACCAAAAUGCAUGGGUACUGAAUUUGAGUGGACAGGACCUAUAUCCGCCCGUUCGCCAAAAAUAUUAUUCCCGAUUUUCUACGGGGUGUCAUACAGACGGACGUUCCCGUUUACGAUGGCUUCUCUCUAGUGACGACGUCUCUUCGCCAUAUCGUGAUAUCUACCGAGACUUUGUAGUGCCUUUCCGUAUUAAUGGCGUAGAACAUGACUGUGAUAAAUCCGGUCGCCCCCACCCACGAUUCAUGAUCUACUAUGGCGAAUGCACCUGUGCAGCCGCGCUAUCUGAGAGUACGAGUACAAGUGCCAAUGGACCCAACAAUAUUGUGAUCCGCCGUGGCAGAAUUACUCCUUUUGGGAGAUUGCUACUGAUGCGCUCCGGAGGUCAACUUUUGGACCACUUCAAAUUAUUCUCCCACGAUUUGCCCACCCCCUGUUGA